AGGAGGAGGAGGAGGAGGCGAAAGUGAAUAAGAAAGCAGCUCCCUCCGCCUCCUCCUCGAGCUGCCUGCAGACCGGACAGCAGCAGCAGCAGCAGAGAGGUCCCACUCCGCGGGAGAAACACGCCUCUGUUUGGAUUUAACUCUCCGUGACUCCUCCGUGACUCCUUCGCCGACCUUUUCGUCAUGCUCUCCCCGGGGCUCUGCGUGUCUCUGCUGGCCGUGUCCUGCGCGCUGUGUCCGGCUGCGGUCCGGGCGGCGUCCUGCGAGUCGGUCCGGAUCCCACUGUGCCAGUCCAUGCCGUGGAACAUGACCAAGAUGCCGAACCACCUCCACCACAGCACGCAGGACAACGCGGUGCUGGCCAUCGAGCAGUACGAGGGGCUGCUGGGUGAGUGUAGAGCUCCUGAACUCUCUAAUGAGUUCUCUUGUGGACCAAUCAGCUGUCAAACUGAGUGAAGAGCUCCUUAAACUUAUAAAAACACCAGGAAGUACGACUCUGACUUAGUUUUACCCCCUGUGAUUUAUAAAGCAUUAAAGUUUUUGCAGUCUUCUUAUUUUACAUUUAUAGAUAAAGAAAAAAACAUGUAGAUAAUGAUGAAAAAUGACAAAAAUGCUUUUAAACAGGCCUGAAAGUUGUCAGAUUAUCAACUUUUAAAUAUCAGGGGACACUAUCAUACUCUUUAGAGUCUCUGUUUUGUUCAAAUGAGCUUUUUAAAAUCAGCCCAAGGUGUGAUUUCACCUGGUUGUCCGGCCAAUUAAGGUGUUGUUGUGAGAGUUCACCCAGAAGUUUUGUCUCAUUUCUUUGAACUACACCUGCACAUCCAGAGCCGGCCCAAGCCUCAAUGGGGCCCUAAGCAAAGUUUGAUUUUGGGACCCUAUAUUUCUGCCAAUAAUAUUGAUUGUUGAUCAUUCACACACCUUCACAAAUCUCUUUGAUUAACAUUCCAUGACAUGCAAACAUACCUUUAUCUUGGUGUUUUUUCUCUUCUUCCGCUCGCUUUCUUUUUCUUUUCUCUGCUCCUGAAGAAUACGUAGCUUUUUGCGACAUUGUUUUGCCCCACAACUACUUGAACUUUGGAUGCUUAGUGCACAUUGCACAGCAAAAGGCACAUGAUGGUGGCAGAGCUUUGACAUAUCGGCAGUAAGAAUCAUAAGCCUACAUCAGCAGCAUCACUUAAGUGUUUUUACUUUUUUUUUUUUUUACGAUAUAUAUUUAAUCAUACAGAAAGCACCACUCAUACAUGCAAAAAUUUAUAUAUAUUAAAAAAGAAAAUUUGAUUACGCUUGGGGGGGCCCCCUAUUGGCCCCAAGCUGGCACUUUGUUCGCUUAUGCCUUGGGCGGGCUCUGUGCACAUCACCUGUUGACACCUGGUGGACAAAGAACACGGCUAAAGAGGGUUAUUCCAUUUAAGCUCAUGUGUUGCAGAUUAACAGCUUCAAAUUAACAUUAACAAUUAAAACUGCAGCUGAGUUCCACCAAGCACAGAGAGCUUAAUGUGAAUCUAGAAUAAAACAAAUGUUUUUUUCAGGUUUGAUGGUGAAGUUUUUAGAUUUGCACUGUAAACAGGGCAAACAUGAAAUUAAUUUUUGGUAUUGUUUUAUCACCCAGCCCUAGGCUCAAGAUAUGUCCAUGGGUGUUCAGGUGGAGAAUCAUCCAUCUCUGCUGUAGCCACCACUAGAUAACCUGCCUGAUCUGGUGUCUACAAGAACAUUCAGAGAAGUUCAAUAAAGUCAAAGUAUCUCGCAACAUCCUACCCGUGUACGCUUAGGUGUGGUCAGGUGUGCCUUUGAGCAAACCUGUCUGUGAUUUCACUUUGCAACUUUCCCCUCUGCACAGAUUUGCAGAGCAUGGUUGUAGGUUUAACACAGAGUUGGAGGAGAAACCACAGAGAUGGACUUUACACCUAAAAUCCUACACAAUUAAAAACAACAUUUAAACUUUAUUUCUUUUGAUAGAUUCGUCUCUGCUGAAAUUCAAACUGACAUCUUCCAGAUUAUGGCCUCUUCUCCUCCUUUUUUCUUCUGUUUUCUGUUGGAGCAGAACUGAAUCUGAACUGUCUGAGAAACAGGAAACCUAAAACCAUCAGUUGGUGAGGAGAGCAUGGAAACAUUUUUGUGGAAACAUCAUUCUGAUUAGUUUACUUAGGAGGGGAAAACUUGGCUCCUGAAGCGGCGCUCAGUGAUAGAGCAGUCUUAUUUUAAAGGGUUGGUUUGUUACGGCCCUCUGCAGGUUUCUGGUCUGACUGCAGUCAGUCAGGCGCUCACUCAGGAUGAACAUCAAGUGCAGACAGUCAGAAAGUCACCCCACCUAACAAAUCAAAGUCCAAGAAAACACUCCUUAACAUCUCCCGCCCUGUGUCGUCCUCUGCCUCCUAUUUCAGCUCUCGUAUAGAUUCAAUAUAAUACAUCCACAAAUCAUAAACACAAACAGACGCUCCUUCUCGCUAGUAUCGUUUCAAUUAAAUUCAGAUAUAUUGCAGAUAAAUACUUCAGAUAAUUACAAAUGGGGCCCAGUCAACGUGAAAGUAAAAAGCAUUGGUGCUACUGUAGAUGCCAACAGACUACCAGCAAACACAAUUUUUGCAGGACUUCUAAAACUAGCACAAAGUAACAUACUCCAGGACCCAAGGUAAACAGUUUAGCAGCGCUACAACACGCAGCAGGUCCCGUUUGACAAGAGAGACUGUAGGUACCACAACCAAGAUUAAGAGCUGGGAGGAUACUGGUCUAGGGGGUUAUUGGAUAACUUGAAAUCUUUUGGAUAUGGUCAUGAAUGAGGUGAGAAGAGGGAUUUUCAGUCUAAUUGAGAUUUUAUUGGAACAGUGCAGAGGAACUAACACCAGCACCCUGAUGAAGGAGGAUUACAAUAAUUUAACCUAGGAGGGCCACAUUGUUAAAGGCUCUACCUCCCAUACCACCAUGAGUAGGAAGCGUGAUGUUGCAGACAGGUAAUAAUGCACCAUGAGCUCUUUGAUAUAAAAAUGUCAGCUUUUAACUCAAAACCGAAACUAGAUUUCUUCUCUUUCCUCUCAAACGUUCCUUCCUACACACCAGACAGUACAGAAUGUGAAAACUUUUGUGUAGUUUUGAUAAGUUGAGCCAAUAAUGCUGCUCUGCACCUCUGCACGUUCUGCACAUAUACUCUCUGUCUGAUUUGACACCAGAGAUAACUUUUUUUUUUUACAACUCACCUUUUACUUCUUAAUCUCUGUCUCUCUCCCUGGAGAGUAAAUAUUACAAACUUGCUGUGUUAAAAUAAACAGUACUGUGAGCUGAUGACAUGUAAGCAAUAUCUAAUUUCCGAGAGUCGAGCUAUCCUCUUUUUUUAUGCCAUUGUUAUGUUUUUAGCUUUUGGUAAAAUAUCUCAAAAGUGUUGAAUCAUUGCAAUGAGUUUUAGUGCAGAAUGUCUCGACCCUCUUGUGAGUUUUGUUAACUUUAAAUUCACUUAAUCCAGUGCAUCAUAAAGUCAAUAUUUUCAAAUACUUCCAUAGUAUGAAAAACAGUUUUUCCUUGCUCAUACACUCUAGUCAUCUGCAGUUCUGAGAACAUGUAAGCAAAAAAGACUGCAUCAAUUUUGCUGCUCACCUACUGGGAAAACAACUUCUACAAGGAGAUUUGUAUUUGCUCUUGUCGUGACGUCACAACAGGAGUGAAAAUCCCACUCCUGAGUGAUUCCCCUACCUCUGCUGCAGAGACAAGAUGUCAAAAGUUAGAGUCAGGCACAGUAGCUUCAAAACCCAACACAAAUUCCCACAAUGUCCUGAAGGCGAUAUAUUAAUAUUUUUUGUAGGACAGUAGGGGGAAAGUCCCGCCUCCUUCGCCUCUGAUUGGCUAGAAAAGCUGGAAACGUCAUCACACGCUCAAGCCAAACGCGGGCUGUUGGCUCUGUACAUCGAACAGAACAUUACAGAACAUUAUCGCAUUUCUGAAUCUCCUAACCCUAACCCAGCAGACGAUGACGUUUCACAGCCAUUAGGAAUAACCAAUCGGAGCCCAGCACUUCUAGCCAAUCAGAGGCGAAGGAGGGUGGGACCUUCCCCUACCAUCCUAAAAAAAAAAUUCCCCUCCUGGAGUGCUCGCCAGUUUGUUUUUGUGUUUUUCCACCUCUGCAUCAGUUUGCACCUCCCAUCCUCAGAUAACAGUCAGGCAGCCAAUUAGCACAGCGCUUCAUCAUAGCAUAUUCACCCACUCAGAUCACUCCACAGAUAAUGAGUUUAGGAACUGAGAGGCUGCAGAAUUUUGCUAAUACUUUCAAAACCUAGAUUAAAAGAUGAUUGGUUCAUGUUUCUAAAUAUUUCAUCAUAGGGCACCUUCAAAAAGGACUCUUACCCCUAAACAGAAACCGUUUCCAAGAGCUUCAAAUCUGAGCACGCUCAAGUACUAAACUUUGAUGGUUCACUUGGUUAACCAACAUGCCCCCCUCCUUUAAAAUGUAAUUGGCCACCCCAAGUGCUACUCCAAAUCCUUAAUUGUGAUUGGCUGCCUUGCCAGAGGUCGGACAUGUGUACAAAACCAACAGUUUGGACUUAGUUGCAACAGGCUUCCUGUAGCUUCUGAAGUUUAUUUCCAUCCGUGAUCUUUUUACAUUACACAAAACACCGUCUCUGUGGCAAAUUUACCCAAAUUGUGGUUUUGUACAAAGACUGAAUCCUUGUUAAAAAGUUUAGAAGCUCAGAGGAAAUCAGCCACUCCUGUCUAAAUGAAUUUAAACAAACCCCUGACUAACAUGUAAACAUUUCAGCUCAAUGCAACCUCAACUCAAAGCAAAGACCUACAGCUACUUCUGUAAACUCUGACUUCUGCUUCUUAUCAGUUUAAUUCAAUGAAGGCACACACAAAGAUAUGAGUAGGUGGGUAUGCCUUCUUUCACUUUGUCUUUAGGCUUAUUUCAUUUCAUAAGUAUAAUGUAAUAUUUAAGCUGUAGUUUUCAAGAUAAUCAUGCAGAGAGUUUGAAGGGAUAUAAAAGCUGUAAUUGUUGAUACUCUUCACUUGUUUUUUGUGGUUCACUAAACUGUAGAUAAUUACUGAAUUAAACUGAUGUGGCUUCAUUAACUUUUGUAAGAUUUCAUCAUACAAACAUGUCUGUCUUCUGUAAAACUUUGAGGUUUUGGCUGAACUCGGUUGUAGCUGAGGUCAGGGCAGCGAGGAGAGAAAAUGCAGAGGCGAAGAGCUUUAACCAGAAAAAUGUCUUAAUGAAAGACCUGUAGCCCAAAACCAGGAAGCAGUUUCAGUUCAGGAGUUCAAAGUUUUUCUGUGACUUCAUUAUAACGCUGCUCCGCCAAACCUCAGUCCAUCUCUGCAGGCUGAACUCCUAUGUGCUCAGCUCUGACCAGAUUCAUCCCGUGUGAAACCUGCAGCAGGAUGAAGUCAGGAGGAGCUCUGGGUGUGGUUAACCACAUCCACCGUGUGAUUCGACUGCAAACGGGAAAAACUUUCCUCAGUCUGAAUAAAAUAAGUCGGGGAGUUUGGUGAAAAAUCUGGAUGUUUCAAAUUAGUUUUUUUUUCUGUAACUUUGUUCACAACAAAAGUGAAAAUUUUCAGCUGAAUGUUGUUUCCUGUGUGAAAUAGUACAGAAAUAGUUUGACUUUGUGGUUUAGGUUGAAAGUUGAUUAUUUGCACUUUUACCUACCAAAACUAUUUUUCUAGAUUAUUGUUGAAAAGAGAGUUAGUAUACUCAAAAGUGCUCUUUUAAAUACACUGACACUAUAUAUCUUCAUCAUGUCCCUUUAUAACAUAAGUGAUGCAGCUAUCUCCACCCGGCUUACACCCCCACCUAUCAAGUAAAGGUGCAGUCUGCAAGAUCAGAGUUUACAGAACCAAACCUAACUGCUGGGUUGAAUUGCACCAUCAAAGAUAGAUAUAAUGACCAUACCUGCCAACACUCCCGUUUUUCAGACCUAUCUCCCACCCACCUCACAUAUUGUCUUUUCUCCUGUAGUUUGAUGAUCCACGUUCAUUCAUGAAUCGCAUCACUAUAUUUGUCCAAAGUUUCUGCUGAGCCUCACAGACACUGGAUUGAUACUUUUACUUCACAAUUUGGGAUGGGAUUGUCGCAAAAUGAACACUUUAAUGAAAGGGAAACAAAUGUGAGAUAUAAUAUUUACGUUGAUAGUCUUGCAUUGUCUCUGAGUGAUGCGUUCAGGGCAGCCUAUUGUGCAUACAGAUGUUCAGAGAGCUUCAUAUAGGAGAGAUGUAAAACAUAGGAGGACUUUAACACUAAUAUUAGUGGACUAAGUAAGUUCAAGGCACAUCGUAGCUAUAAUUUUUUAAACCAUUUGUUAUUGUCAAAACUAAACAAAAAAGUGUGCAGCUUCACUUAUACUUAUUUGGAUGAGCAAUUUAAUUACAAAUACUCUCAUAAUUAUCUCAUAUCCACCAUACAAGGUAACCCCAGAACUGCCCGGCGCUCGCCACAAAAAUCUCUCAAAAAUGUUGUCAUGUCUGAUAAUGACACACCUGUCUGUUUCUGUGUUUCAGGUACUGGCUGCAGUCCGGACCUGCUGUUCUUCCUCUGUGCGAUGUACGCUCCCAUCUGCACCAUCGACUUCCAGCACGAGCCCAUCAAACCGUGCAAGGCGGUGUGCGAGCGGGCGAAGUACGGCUGCGAGCCGGUGAUGAAGCGUUACAACCACAGCUGGCCCGACAGCCUGGCCUGCAACGAGCUGCCGCUGUACGACCGCGGAGUCUGCAUCUCACCUGAGGCCAUCGUUAAGGCGGAGGGUCCAGGUAUCAGUGCUUUUAUUAUUCAGAAGACCAGGUAUCAGGUGUCAGUCCUAUCUUCAUGGUGACACUUUGCCAAUCUUAUGCACAAUGAGAAAGGGGAAAAAAAGUGUUUUAAAGAAUUGAUUGAGUUUCACACCAAAAAGAUAGAUCAUUGAUUUGUGGAUCACAGACCUGAUCAGCUGAUUACACUGCAGUCAGAAGAGCACGUCUGUGUGAUGCAUUGAAUUCAGUUUUAGUCUCUGCCAUGUACAGAAAGUUGUGGUUGAUUUUAUUUGAGUCUUUGUUCCUUGUGUUGUUUUAGUGGAGAUUUAGUCAGAAGAACUCUGGCAUUUUCAUUUUAGCCUCACCGAUAAAACUCUGUUCUUACAAUAAUACUAAUAAUUUUAUUUUUAUAGCACUUUUAAAAACAGAAGUUUACAAAGUGCUUUGACAAACAGUCGUAAAGCACAGAACAUCAGCACAUAGAAAUAAAAACAAUAAAAAACAAAAACUCAGUUAAAAACAAGGCCUCCAAACUGAAGGCCAAUUUUAUUUGUCAUAAGAAACCCAGAAAAUACAAGAACCCUACAAUAUAAAAUGAGACCAGGAGGACCAAAAUAAAAACCUAAAAUAGGUAAGAAGAAGAAAUGUAAUAAAAAGGGGGGUGAAAAGCAGGAAACAGGAUAGUAAAUAUAAAAAGACAGUAUCAAUAAUGAUAAUAAAAUCAUAAUAAAUUCAUAAUGAUGACCUAAAAGGUUAAAUAAGAAAAGAUUAUAAGUAAAACAAAGGCUGAAAGGACACUAAGUCAAAAUAAGAUGGAGGUAUAAAAGAAAAAAGAGAAAAGAUAAAAGACGGCAUCACAUAAAGCAAGUCUGUAAAAGUGAGUUUUUAAAUUUUACUUAAAAGAAGGAACUGUCUUUGAACGCCUUCUCUCCUCUGGCAGGUCGUUCCCAAGUCGAGGAGCUCUGAUGGAGAAAGCUCUAUCACCUUUAGUUUUGAGCCUCGACUUUCUUAUUUACUUCUUAACUCUAACAUUAUUCAAAGAUGACUUUCACUGAGUUCAUUCCAGAGUCAGUGAAACAGCAAAGUUUGAGCCAUACAUGGAGCAAAGACACAAACUCUGCUCUCUGAAACUCUCAGACAGGAGUACCUCUGAAAUUCACUGGAACAAGCUGAGCGUCCCACCCUGCCUGAACCUCAGCAAAUCAACAAAUCACGGCGAGGGAAAAUCCCCAGACCCCGCAGAGCCGGGCCGGGCCGUGGCGGCACAGGGAUGCGUGGGUGUACGGUUAUGGAGGUCAGGGGGAUUGAGAUGGUCCAGGGCCGGCCUUGAAGAAGCAGAGGACAGUGAGGGUUUUAUGGAGUGUAAAAUGAGUGGGCCGCCGGUAUCAAGGAGCUCUUUGAGAGAGUCAGUGGGAGUGAAGUCGGAGGGGAAAUGAGUCACGCUAUCUGUUUGAGAGGGAGAAGGAACAAACUGCUGAGAGUAGAAACAGGACAGAAAAAACGUCGGCAGGGCUCGGCAGAACGGGGAAACUGCUUCCUGAUGGUUUUCAAUCAAGUGGGAGAAAUUUACUCAACCAGGAACAACUUUUACAAUAGCUAAUGAAAAAGUGAAGAAGACUCAGGACACUAAUGAUAUUAGACUGAAAUACAUCUGUGUUUACUCUCUGAUUCAAACUUAUUCUUUUCUGUACUUGAUACGAACAUUUAGGCCGAGAUAUCUGAGAUUUUGAUUUGAGAAGGUUGUUGAUUAAAAAAUACAGCUCAGAAAUCAACAUCAGACAUUUCCAAUCUACAGUUUCUUUGAGUACCAUUUAUGAGCGUUUUUUCCUUUUUUUUUUCUUGUGGUGCACACUGCAGCUUGCACUCUCUAAAAACGGACCCACAGCACUCCUGAUAGGCUCACGUAGUGAUUUAUCUCGGCUACACACACACCAGACAAUGUCAAGGCUACCUGCUCUCCUGGCCAAACAUACUUAUGAUCCUUAAGCUCUUCGUCGCCUAUACUCUGUCUUUUUUUCUAAGAGUAUCAAACUCUUUGCUUUCCGACAAACUAAACAACCAAACUUUCCAUUCCUGAUGUUUUUCACUUCUUCCAGUCAUCGUCUGUUCUGUUGUACACAAGUUCGUCUCAAAUGUCCAAAUGAUGAUUGACCAGACCAAAUAUUCGGUGUCUCUGGUCACAGUCUUGGUUUAUGCUUGUCCUGCUUGUCUCAGGGCCCAAAACCAAAACAUUUGACAGUAAAAAUAGAUUUCAGUCAAAUUCCUGACGUUAAUUGAAAAAAGAAAACUCCGGUGAUCGUGAUCCUUCAUUCAAAGCUGCAAAUCUUAACGCUGGAGGGACAACCAAAGUUUAGAAAAAACAGGUCCGACUUAUCCUCUGUAGAUCAAAAAGUUGUAACUCUUUUGCUGAUCAAUGCCGUACUUUGUCUUCACAGAUCCAUACUACCAGGAUCCAGCCAGGUGUAACCCAGGUGAGACCACCCUUUGGUCCUCUCUCUGUACUGUCAUUGCAUGAUAUGUUGAGCUGAGAACCUUUUCAUAUGUAUGGCACAUUCAAUAAUAGUCUAUAGCUUCUACUUCUGAAAACCAGCUUCUUUUGUUAGUUAUUUUGCACAUCUGAACAUCAACAAUGUGGAAACCAGUUCCUGAUCUCCUCUGACCUUCCAACAGAAUCCAGUCCAGACUUUCCGAUGGACUCCAACAACCUCCACUGCAGGGGACCAAACAGAGGUAACCUGUCUGCUCACCUGGUUAAGUUUCAUGACGCUCAAAUGUCUGCAGACAUUUGCAGACAGGACGGUUUAGCAGCAGGACUCUUCUACUACAGAGCCAUGCUGUUGUAAUCCCUGCAGAAAUUAAACUGUUUUCCUAAAAUAUGAAGCCACCAUGCCAUGCACACUUUUGAUUCCCAUGAAAUAGUGUUUUUUGUCUCUUUGUGUCACUUCAUUGAGCAUAUGUACUGCACAAACUUCCACAGUCUUCUGCAGCCUCUCUGAUUUUACCCCAGACUGCUGUUUUUUAUUAAUUCUCAAAGGUUUUUGUCCUUUUUUUGUAGAUCCCUGCAAAUGUAAGAACGUGAAAAUGGGAUUGAAAACUUACGUGAAGAACAACUACAACUACGGUGAGUCACUUUAGGCACAUUCCUGCUGAUUCAAAGAGAAACUUCUCUUUGUUUUCAUUUCUGCUGAUCAGCUAAGACUCUUCCAUAGCUAAUCGUCUUUAGCUUUUAGGAAUAUCACACUGAUAUUCAUCUCCUUUUCAUGUUUCAUAUUAAAAAGCUGAUUCAAAGUGUUUCACAAACUUUCUUCUACCUGGUUUUAAUUUGUUGAUGGUUUUAAGUUUUGAGUGAAAGUGAUCUCCGAGUGUCAAAUCUUAUUUUCCAAUCACUGCCCCAUGUGAGAUAAAAUCAUCCCAGAUCUGAAAACACGUCUAAACGCUCAGUGUCUGACUUGUUUGGAGGCUUUACUGUGCUGCUGAAUGAGAAACCUUUUUUUAAUAUCAGACGACUCAAACGGGGAUUCUUUCUCUCUGAGCUUUAUUUCUCCUGAAUGGAGGAAAGAUUUCGGUUCGGAGGCGUUUAGGUUAGUCAGAUUAAAUUAGACACGCUAAUGCUAAAAAGGCUUUUCCAGAUGAUUCCUGUGCACAGGCACGAUUUGGCGAAUCCAGCAGAGAUUUCCAUAAGGACUUUUUGAGCUCACUGAUGCCUCCGGCCACAGAAUCCAUUUGGGGAAGAUUUCAGAUUCUUUCCAGCCGUCAUAAAAACAAGAGCUCACUUUAGAAAUAUUCCGAUAUAAUUGAGGUGAAGCACGGUGGCAUGACAGAGCGAAACAACAAGGUGGUCUGAAGAGUUUAACUGCUGGCGUCCUCGCCCAGCUCUGCAUUAUUUCCUCCUCUGUGUGUGCAGUUGGUGGCCUCACGCUGAAAGAAUGCUUUUAGGGAGCCUUUUCAGACAAAAACGGCCAAAUAUCUGUUUUUCUGCAGUAAUAGUUUACCUCUUUUCCUGCUGCUGCACCCUGGAUAGUUUCACCCUGUACCCUGAAAACACUCUGUCCUGCACAGACGGUUUGAUUUAAUGAUGUUUAUAAUACUUUCUGCCCUAAUCACAGGACUAUUUGUAGUUUGAAGCUUUUGUAAAUCUGCUGUCCAACAGUUGUGCUCACAAAGGAUCUCUGAAGACAAUCUGGAAUAUAAAACUUUUUUUGCAUGUCUUUUAGCACCACUGAAUAUGAUGAACAAUGGACAAUUUUGCUCGUAAAAUACAUUAUUUCUUCUAUGGUAUGCCAAUCACAAUAUAAAACUGCAAAUCAUGGUCAAUUUUGAGGAUUUGCACAUCUACUGCAUCGAGCAUCUGAGCAUCCACUGUGUACCCAUAUGCCGACGACUCUCUCUCCUCCUCUAGUGAUCAGGGCGAGGGUUAGGGAGGUGAGGAAUCGCGGUCUGGAGCCCACAGCCGUAGUGGAGGUGAAGGAGGUGCUGAAAUCCUCUCUGGUCAACAUUCCCAAAGAGACACAGACGCUGUACUACUCCUCCUCCUGCCUGUGUCCUCCUCUGUCUACUGGGGAGGAGUACCUCAUCAUGGGCUACGAGAACGAGGAGACAUCCAGGUGAGUGCAGCUCCGGGAAACAGGAACUUAAAACUUUAAGUACUGUGGCCUUAUCGCAAAAUUACAUAAAUGUGUCUCUCAUGAUGUUACUCUUGAAGGAUUAUUGAAAAAAAGGAGAACAGUUUGAAUUUGAAAACAAGCAAAGCUUUAAGGGGUUCCUCAGGGCUCCAUCCUUGGUCCUCUUUUAUUUCCAUAAAGAUAAAUUAUCUACUUUAGACCCUUAGUAAUGCACUUACUAUUCAAAGAGAUUUAUUUUGCCUGAUUUCAGAUUUAACAGAGCAUCAUAUGCACAAGUAAAUCAGUGCACAAAGAAGGCAUGAUCGUGGUCUGAGGUCUAAAAGAUUUACUUCACACCAAUUUACAGGAGGAACGAGGAGGACUCUGCUGCCUGUGCUGGCUUUAGAGAUGGAAAUAAACAUUGAGAGAGCACACUCAUGGGACACUUUAUGGUAUAUUACAUACAUUAGAUGAUAAUAAAUAAAAAGGUUAGACAGCUUCAUAGCCUUAAACACUGGUAAGGUUUAAGGCAUGAUUUGGGUCUCUCUUUCUUCCCACUCUCUGUGCAGCGAGCUGUGCUGUCUGGUAGUGCAUAAUCACAUUCAUGAUUAAUUAAAGACUUUAAAUGUAAUUUUCUGGUUCAUAGCAUGAGUGAUUUUGUUUUUUAUUGCCAGUAAAUGUUGGUUAAUGACUUACAUACCUGUUCAAUAGUUGUUGGCAGGAGUAUGAUGCACUCGGCAACAAAGUCAUUAACGCUACAGUCAUUCCCUGUGCUGUUGUGCAGCUUAGAGCACUUCUUGUCAAAUCUUCUUACAUGAUGGGGCGAAUUCAAGCCGUUAGUUUAUUAUAAAGGUGCGAUAAGGAGUCAAGUUUAAGUCUGAAGCAGUGUGAGUGUAGACAAACAGGGGACAGUGACAGGACAACAAAGAUCGACUGAGUGUGAGUGCAUUCUUAACAGGCAAGAGAUUUGCAUGGAAGUAACAAAUCAAAUAUGUAAGCAAAAGGCAUCUAUACUAAACUCUCUAUGCAGACUCACUGAAGUGAACCACAGGUGUUUAUUUGUACCUGAUGCAUCAGAUUACCUUGUGCUGAAAUGAUUCUGCAGUUGCCACGAGUAAUAAAUGAGGUGUGCUCUUCUUAAUGAAGGGUUAUUACUCGUUUCCCUGAAGUCUAAUAGCCUAAUUUUACAGUCAGUGUGGUGAACCCUGCAUAAUCCUCCCUCUGUGUUUGUGUUUGUGGUCACAGGUUGCUCCUGAUUGACGGCUCCAUCGCUCAGAGGUGGAAGGAAAAAAUGGCCAGGAAGGUCAAGGUGCGGUUCACUUUCUUGACACCUGCUCUCAGACGGCAGCCGGGGUUAAUCCGAAAAGAAAACAUGUUGAUGUUUCAGAGCCGCAUUUCCUGUUAUUUUCUGUGUAAACACACCUGCAGCAGAGCUGUUUCUGCACAAAGUUACUCUGAGUCUGACUGAGAGUUUGUGUCCUUAAAACUAAACAACGUCUGUGUCUGUCUGCAGAGAUGGGAUCAGAUCCUGCAGGGGAAAGGACGAGGGAACCAGCGCAGGAAUCGCCACUAAGACCUGACUGUGUGUGCAUGUGUGUGUGUAUGUGUGGAGAUGUGUGUGUUUGUGAGUGAAUGUGUGUGAAUGCAUGUGUGUUUGUGUGUGUGUAGAUAUUGCACUAUGACAGGAUGUUGUAGCUGAAUCUAGUUCAUCUCUUCAUCAGUCAGGCUGUUCAGUCUGAUCUUGUCUUUUAUUUUCUUUGCACAAACAUUAUGUAGUGUGCGUUUAGAGUGUGUAUGCCUGUGUGUGAGUGUGUAUGUGAGGGUGUGUGAGUGUGUAUACUCUUAAAGCACUCAAAAAGACUAGCGAGGGGAUGUAGCUUCAAAGCUGUAGUACUAAACCUACACACAGCCUUACAGUAUAUUUUCAGUACAACGCCUUUUCUUGGACAUUUUCUUUUUGGUGACGGCCAUCUUGGCGGUCGCAGCUUGCAGUAAUCCUGGAUGUUGACCAUGUUACCGUGGUGACAUAAUGGAGGACAUUUUAGUGAAACUAAAAUUAAUCGACUUGGACUUUUUGGACCGUGUUGGAUCUGUAGCAAUCGCUGUAAAAUUAACUGUGCUGAAAUGUGCAAAUAAAAAACAGAGCAAAAUUCACAUCUUCUGCAGAGAGAAAGAAACUGAUCAACUGCAGCAGCUCAAAGGAAGAAGAGCAACAGCAGCAGCUUCUCCAGAAUCCAAAGACGUCUCAUAAAUGUGUCAUCACAACAGAAAAAGACUAACGUGUAUUUAGCGUGUGUGCAUCAAAGUCUCUACUGAACUACGUUUCUAAUGUAAAUGGCAUUACCUGUCAAUUUUUAUUUUCACCAAGCAGUAAAUUUUCGGACAUUUCACCCUGACAUUUCAUUCCCACAGCAGACUGCACCUUUGAGUGCUUCAUGCAGGAAGUGUGUCGGAUCUUGGUUUUACAUUCAAACGUGCAGACUGUGGGUGUAGACGGCAUGUUUCAUGGGCCAAAAAUCCAGAGAGCUGAAGGCUUGCUGAGUCUCGUUGAACUUGGCCAUUACAGACAGAAUAGUGAUAAGCAGAGGGCUGUAUUUGCUCUAUUUAUGUCACAAAUAUGAUAUAGAAUUAGGCUGAUCUAUAUGUAUCAUUGAAACAUUACAAUUUUUAUGUCAUCAGUCAUAGGACUAACUCCACAUUGUCCAGGAUUAAUGAACAAUAGAUCCAAACACACAGAAAAGCUGAACUCUGCAGCACAUGACUAGAAUGUAAACAUGCACAUGCACCGCCACACCACUACUGCUGUAUUUUUGGUAGAUAAAGUAGCUUGCGUGGCUCUAUAUUUGAGCCUAAAGUGGAUUUUGUUGGAUGAAAGUUAUCAUGAAUCACAGGAUAAAUCCUCUGAUGAGCUCCCUCUCCCUUCAGUGUCCUUUUCUCUGCUCCGUCAGUGUCUGUGCGUAAAUCAAGCGCCGCUUCAUGACAGCUCCUGGAAAGCCAAAGCCAAAGUCGCUCCACUUCUUCCAACAUUUAACCAGGAAACUCACAUAACUGAGGAUCGGACUGAACCAAACUGAACAGGGCUGCUUGGUGAGCGCAGAUAGAAGGGUACAGGACGAGACUUUGGAAGUAUUUUUUAAAAAACAGAUGUCAUCAUCGAGUUUAACUGAGAGUUUUUGGGACAGUCAGAUUUAACUUUACUUUUUACCUUUUCUUUUACUCAUAACUAGCUGUAAUCUGUCUUUUUUGAUCAGGCUACGUUGAUUACACCAUGAGACAUUCAGUGAGGAAAAGACCCCAAAUAAGACCUUUAAUGUGGUCCUUCAGAAGGCAUCACAUACUGUUUCGUUCAGUUGUCAUGCACAUUUAAUCAUUUUUUGACAUUUCAAAGAUAGAAACAUAAAUCUGAUUUGAUUCACUCGGGUUAGAGAGAAUAAAACUGACCUCACAUUGAUACAUGGUUUAGUUUGAGGUUAUGAUGUAUGAUCAGGUUGUAAUCUGCAAGUAAAGAUGCUCAGGUUUUGAAUUGGAAACACAAAAGGCCACGGUCAUGUCACUUAACCACAUUUUGCAUUAAACUUUGGUUGCAAAAGGAGCAGAAUUAGCCUAUUUUAUUUUGUAGUAAUUGACAAACAACUUGGGUGGCACAGUGGUGUAGUGUUUAGCACUGUCGCCUUACAGCAAGAAGGUCCUGGGUUCAAAUCUGGGUGUUUCCUGUGUGGAGUUUGCAUGUUCUUCCUGUGUCUGCGCGGGUUUACUCUGGGUAUUCCAGUCUCUCCUACAUCCCAAAAACAUGCAGAAGUGGGGUUAGGUUAAUUGGCCACUUUCAAAUUGCCCGUAGGUGUAAAUGUGAGUGUGGAUGGUUGUUCAUCUCUAUAUGUCAGCCCUGAUGAACUGGCGACUUGUCCAGGGUGUCCCCUGCCUUCGCCUGAAGAUGCUGGGAUAGGCUCCAGCCCCCCUGUGACCCCCAACGUGAAGAAGUGGUAGAAAAUGAAUGAAUGAGAAACAGCUUCAGGUGCAUGACUGCAAACGUCUGAGUUACAUCUUUACUCAGUCGGCGAAGGCUAAAGCUGUAAACCGUGACCGUGCGGAGUAAAAACACAGGCCAAACUCCAGGAACCUGCUGAACUCCACCAUCAUACUUUUAUAAUCUAAUAAGUCUGCGUUUUUCCUCAUGUUUCGUCAGGAUGUUUCUGAGGAAAAAGUAAUGAAAACAUGUAAGACUGCUCUCUGACAGACAAUCAGUUCCUUCACUAUCACCGUAACUGUCCAUGUAAACACACUAACACUCCACAGAACUGUACUAACACUCUGAUAUUCUGAUCUCUGGACUCUCCUCAGCUGUUUGAACCAUUAAACAUUAAUUUAGACGUCAAAGAUGAAGCCCGUGUUGUUUUUGUUGUUUAAUAAUGAGAUAGGACCAAAGAGUGUCACACAGGACGGAUUGCUGAUAUGAAAUACAAUAAGCUGUAUGACGUCUUACGGCUGAUAUAUUCCACACAUAGGAAAAAGAUGUGAAAAUUAGACGAGUUUGAUCCCCGUACCGUCAGGGAUGCUGGCUUUGAACCGUGAGCUGAUAACAGACCAGGUGGUUCCUCUAUGUUUCCAAGAGGAGGAUGCAGAGUCCUUGAUUUCCAAAAAGAGUGUCAUACUCUGAUUCAUGACCACAGGGCAGUUUUCCUCUUCCCCUCAGUCCAUCUUACAGUAAAUGGGCUCAGGUCCAGAGAAGUCUCUGGUGUUUCUGGAUCAUGUUUAUAUCUGGUUUCCUCUUUGCAUCACAAAAAUGUUGGACGAGUGUGUAAAAUACCAAUGAAAUCGCCAAAAAUCAAAAUUUAAGACGAGAGCCCUUAAUCUUUUUUACCUGUUUGGUUGUUUCUCUUACAACUUUUGUUUUUUCAACUAAGGUCAUGAAGUUAAACUGCUAAAUUAUCUGACACUCAGUUGUAACGGUUGAUGUAAAGACAGACUGAUAGAGAUCGACAGAAGAGGAGUUGAACCCUCAGACCUUCAGAGUUUCUUACUGAUGGGAGUAAAGUUUGUUUAACUGAACAGAGCAGUAGCAGGAACAUGCUCAGUGUGUGUGUGUGUGUGUGUGUGUGUGUGUGUGUGUGUGUGUGUGUGUGUGUGUGUGUGUGUGUGUGUGUGUGUGUGUGUGUGUGUGUGUGUGUGUGUGUGUGUGUGUGUGUGUGUAUAGGCGUGCUUCCAGUAGUUCCUGCCUGCUAAUUUCCAGCCCUGUUUUCUCAGCUGCAGUUUCCAUGAGAGGGGAGAAAAAAAAUGUUUUCAUAGAUUUACUGCUAUUACACCUCCUUAUCCCCCUCCCCUCCCCUCCCUCCCCAUCUGGUCCACGUUGCCUUCAGCUGACUGCCUGACUGAAAACACACCUGGUGUUGGUAUAAGGUGAAGUCUGUUCCUUCGGGCUGAGUGCCUCUAUUCAUGUUCCUGAGUGCUGACACAGCAAACAGUCUCACACACUGAAUAUUUUCAUACUGACUGACCUCGCUGAAAGAAGUUAAAGAUGCGUCAAGUGAUUUUUCAACACUAGAGGGCAGGAAGUGGGAAAAACACAGAAGCCUCAGUGGACUAUAUUUAUCUCAUUAAACUCCUCAGACUAACACCGCCGCAAAGAUAAUAAAAAACAGGAAUUAUAGCCGUUCUGCUGAAAUUUACUUUGAGUUUAAAGCAGUUUUAUCAGAUCCGCUUUAACCUCGACUGGGUCUGACUCAUCCCUGUGUUUUUUUGCUCCAGUUCUCAGACCUUUCACGGGUAUUGAAGCCCCAAUUUGGUCCAACACAUUCAGGUGUUGUUGUAGUCCUGGUCAUUCCCCACAUUCUUUGAAUUUUAGCCAAAGUUUGGCGAGUGCAGCGGGUGUCAUCGCUCUUGUUUGGUCCAGUACGGGCUGGCGUUCCAGGUCCAGUACUCUUUGGUAUUCUGGACUUCACUUGUUCUAAUUUUUACAAGCUUUAAGCCCCAUUUUGGCCCAGUUUUCAUUGGUACUUUAGUCCUGUUUUGUCCUGGACUCCUGUGUACCUAGGGUGGGGUAAGGGGAGAACUUAGUACUCUCAUGCCUAAAAAUAUGCCACAUAGGUGCCCUCCUGAAUGCAAUGAAAAAAGUACCCAAGGAUGCACUUGAAGUGAAUUAAUUGUGGGUAAAAUGCCCUCCAGUCAUUCUUUAAGUAUCACGUUUAGAAUAAAGUGCUUUUUUGGCAGAUAAAGUAUAAAUAAAGUUCCCUCCAGGUACUUCACUGCAAAAAUAAAGUGAGUUAAGUGCCCUCUCCUUGUUCUGUCAGUGAGUAAAAUGUAAACACAGUGCCCUCAUGUUGCUCUUUCAUCGUAUUACAUGUUGACAACUUACUCUCUGGUUGCCCUUUAGCAAGUCGAUGUUUAAGUCCUGGUUGUGUUCAGUGUCCUCUGACUCUUUGGUCCUGGUUUGGUCCGAUAUUUAAUGUCAUUCUUAGUCAAACAUUGAUAAGUCUGGUCCAGUAUUAAUGGGGAUGUUGGAUCUAGUUGGGUCCAGACAACUCCAUCAUUUUUGCGCUGCAGCAGCUAUAUAUCAUUCGCCUUUAGGCCAAGUCUACUGCAUGAUCAGGACUGAGUGCAGCUCAGGAGACCUGCAGACUUGGGUAUUUUGCUAUCUGUGGUGCUGAACUCAAAAUCUUUCCACUAGGCCUGUCUCAGGACAGCUUUGAUUGCAGCACAUGUCCUCCAUUUUUGCAGGGAAUCAUCACUGUAUUAAUUUACUGAGAUCAACAGUGCUAUUCAACAGUCAGGUUACGUCAAAAAGGCCCUCUGCUGAAUAAAAAGGCAAACUGCCUCAGAUGGUCUGAUAUGAAUUUCUCAUUUUGGUUUGAUUCAAACUUUUUUUCUCUUUCUUUGAACUUUGACUCAAGUUUAAAAACUACUUUUAACCUUUUUUUUUUUUUUUCGUUUUUUUUUUUCAAUCCUAUGGUGUUAGCCCAUAGAUUGUAUACUUGGUUGGUUCUGCUUUCCGCCAGUAUACAGAUUUGAAACAAAAAAGCUCUCUGUAAUUCUGCAUUUUCUCUCCAUUUCCUGAAACCAACAUUGCGCAGUAGCAUUUUGCGCAUUCGGCAGGAGAGUCGCUGAGAGUCGCUGUGAUGACGCUCAGCUCAAACAACGUAUCCCCCAGGUGAGCUACGCAAUCUUCGUACGCCCAUAAAUUGUAUCAGGUGUCAUUCAUAGAAAACAUGAACCCCCUAAUAACUAUUAAAAACUGAGCUCUACAGAGAAAAGAGGACUUGAGCACAAACCAGUCUUACAAUAACUACAUGUCAACAUCGCGAGCAGGGGGGAAAGAAAUUAUGUUCUGUGUAAUAAAUUUCUAAAGUUUGUCCACAGCUCCAUAGGGAUUGCUGGAGGAGGUGAGAUUUAUGACCUACACUGCAGCCUGUCACCAGAGGGUGCUGUUCUCAGGGUGGCUUCACCCAGUGAGGAGGCAGACGGCGUCCAUUCUAUAUACAGUCUAUGUGUUAGCCUUUCCACCAAUCAAUGGACUUCACUGUGUUAAGCUCCGCCCUAUAGGGUUGGGUCAAUACUCCAACGGCUAGGGUACCAAAAAGUAGGCCAUUACAUAUUCCUUAUUUUCGUACCUUCCCAAGCUUUUGACAGAAGAAAUGAAGCAGCAACCUCCAGAAAUCAAGACCUGUUUUGUUUUUGCACAUUGUUAGUGUUAUACUCCUGAGCUGUCCGGAGAAAUGCAUUUGUGAAAUCUAACCUUGUUGUUUGUAAAUGUCACUGCAGGAGUGAAAAGGUUAAAACCUUCACAGAUCUGGUGGGAAUUUCCUUUGUGUGUUAAUCAUUGUGAUCAGCUCUCCCUCCAACUCAAACACGCACAGCCAAAGCUUCUACAGUCCAACACACGAAGCGAUUUGAACCUGACGUCAUCAUCCAAACACACAUACACACACAGAGUGUAGACCAGGUUGGUUCCCACAAUACCUCAGCCAGUGUUUGUCCAACUUGCUGCUCCAUUUCACAUCAUGAAACAAUAGAACGCACGCACAGUAAGUGGUUCCAGUGGUUUAUGGAGCAGUGCUGCGUCAAUGCUGACCUCCAACUGCCCACAAAACAGAGCCAGGGUGAGGAGGGGGGAUGGAGGGGGAGAUAUGUCCCGCUCUAAUAAUAUUAAGAGGUGGAAAGUACGUAAGGUCAUUUAGUUAAUUAUGCUCUUAGAUAACAUUUUAAAGUCACAGACUUUCCCUGAGGUUUUUUUCCCUGUGAGAAUUUCAACUUUUUUUUAAUCCUCGUUAAUUCUGGAAACAUAAGAAAACCCUCUGAGUUAGAGUGAAAACUAUGUAAAAGUAUAAUCAUUUAUACAUCGAUUUCCUUCCGAUCAAAUUGUGGUAUAAUAAUAGAAGUAAACUUGCAUAAAGUACAAAAGUAUAAAAUACUAAGGAAGUUGUUUAGUCCACAACAGGCUCAGAUAAAAAGUCAAAUGUCCCAUUCUGUCCACAGGGGGCGCUAAAAUUAAUGCAACCAGAAAUUUCCUCAUAGGAGCUUUAAGUUAGGAAAUGAUUUGAGUCAGAAUUUUUUUUUUCAAGAAACUUCUGCCGACUUUUCCUUUAGCAGCACCUAAAUUUGUGUUUAAGACAAAUGUAAGGGUGCUGUCUGACCAAACCAUUGUCUGGUCAGUCACUUGAGUUGAGACAGAACUUUGGCCCCCUCACUAACAGCUAAAUUGUGCCCACCUGUCUAACUAUGCAAAACAUUUAACCUUAAUAUCCUCAAAACUGAUAUGUUAUUAAAAAAAAUGCAAUCCAAGAAAUGUGAUCCUGCUUAUCUUUAAGAUGUAAAAAAAUCACUUUCACUGUGAAAAAAUCAUUCAUCAGGAGGUCAAUAUGCUGAAAAGGGUCUUCAAUUGUGCUGUUUUACUGUCAUCUGCAUAAACUGAGAUCAGCCAAACAAACAAACAAACAAACAAAAAAGCCAUCAGAUAAAGACAGAGAGAGAAAAAAAACAGUCUUUUACUCAGGUCCAAACAAAACUCCUGAGUCUGUGUACAGAGAUACAAACAUGAUGAUACCUGCUGAUCAUGCCUCUGUGAGAACUUAAAUCACUGAUCCACACACAAAGAAAACUUGGGACAACAAACAGAACAGUUAAGUCUUUAACAUCUUGUAAAAAAUAUAUAUAUAAACAAUAACUGAGAUAUUCUAUUGUAAAACCAAAGCUUGGUUACUUUACUUUGAGCUGCUUCUUUGGUCACAUUUGAACUUUAAUGAACCUGAAACUGAAAAUUUAAACUCAGUAGGAAACAUUUUAACCUCUGCACAGAGAUUACUUUUACAUGUAGAUACCUUCAUUAUACUUCUUUAACACUCACUUCUUAAUCCCUCUACAAUCUAAAUAUUUACACGCAUUCAGGUACUGUCUGUUUCAGGCGCAACAGUGCUGCCUGCUGGUUUUAGCUGGAAACACAACUAACAUCUCAGUAAAAGCUUUUUUGUUUUUAUAUGAAUUCGCUUUCAUUUUCAAUCUUUUGUUACCCUGAGCUCUUCCUGUAUCUGAACGUAAUUCAUUUCUAAUUGAAACUGAUGAUCUCAGAUCAGCUGAUUUGAACUUUUUACAUGUUUAUUAGUUUUAAUGAUGGGGCUGCUGUCCAUUAAAGAGUGAGGUAAUUUUUUUGUGGUGGGUUGUACCUGCCAAUUUGCUGAGUGGAAUCAGCCUGUGGAGUAAUUAGCUCACCUGGGCAGGUGGAGGUUAUAUCUGUCAGCCAUGUUCUUUG